AUGACUCACCUGCUUGGAAGGUUGUUCAUGUUUCUCCUGCUGUGUGUACUGCUUGGAUUAUUUUUUCCUAUUCAAUGGCACACAAAAAUGAAAGAUCAUAAAGAAGAUUGGUUGAAAACACAAAACGAUCGUAAAACCAACUUGGAUUCCAUCUGUCUGAGCAAGAAUUUAAAAAAUUUAAAAAGAAAACUGGAUGUACACGUGGCUAGACAGCUCUUUGUCGAUGAGAACUACAAAUUUAUCUACUGUGAGGUGCCAAAAGUAGGCUGUUCUAACUGGAAGAAAAUUGUUUUGCUACUCAAGCUCAACCUGAGUAGGGAUGUCUUUGAAGUAAGCCAGGGAGAGAUUCAUACAACAAAUCUUCUAAAGCGCUUGAGUUCUUAUCCAUCUAAACAACAAGCAGAAUUUUUGAACUCCUUCACCAAAGUGAUGUUUACCAGGCAUCCUCUAGAAAGACUGGUCUCCGCUUACAGAGACAAAUUUUUGCAUGACGGACCUUACUAUAGCAUCACAGUGGCAAAUAUGAUUAAAGCCUUGUUUAGGAAGGACAAAAACCUUACAGGGCCUGUGACCUUUCAAGAGUUUGUAAACUAUGUUAUGACAAGGAAUGACGAACCUUUGGAUGUACAUUGGAAACCAAUGUUCCAGUUGUGUGAUCCCUGCAAUAUUCACUAUGACGUUUUGGGAAAGUAUGAGACGCUGCAGGAAGAUGUCAAUCAUACUCUCAGCAGACUGAGAGUUUCAGAGAUGGUCCGAUAUCCAGACAGUAAAUUUUAUGCACAAAGGACAAACAAGAACCUCACUACCCAAUAUCUAAAAGAACUGGACUGGAACCAAAUACAGAAACUCAUGAAACUUUAUCAGAUAGAUUUCUCUUUAUUUAAUUACACUUUUACUGUUAAAAUGGAAAUGUCAUUUUCAGGCUAA